AUGGACUCUCCAGUAGAUCUAGGGUUUGACCAUAACCCCGAUCUCCCAGUCCCGAUCUCCUUAGUAGGCGGUCGAUACCUACUCUUCGACAUAAAAAUUGCGACCUACCUUCGCCGCAAGCAUCACAUAUGUGGCAUCGCAAUCGGCACUCUACCCUUGAGUCCGUCUCAGAACUUAUUUCUGGGUGUGCCUAUCGAGAUCAUGCCCGAAGAAGCUCAACUGCUGGUUGAACGAGGGGUCGCCGUGGUUGUUGAUGAUGCUCGAGUUCAUGAUCAAGCUGUCCAGUCGAGAGAUCUGGCUCGACGUGCUGAUUACCUGGCAAAAAUAGAGAAGCAGUCUAAGGAAGUUAAGCAAGCCAAAGACCAGGAGAAGGAGCAGUCUCGGAGGUGGGCUUUGGACAAGAAGUCAAAAACUUCGACCGCAUCAUCCGGUCCCAGGCAGGACGGACGUAGUGCCGAGCUAUUCGACUUUGACGACGGUGAGACGGCGCAUGAUGCUGACGAUACCGCCCUGGAUAAAACCGCGCUCCUUGAGGAUGACUCUCCGGUCAAGGUUCUGCCUCCCACUGCCACGUCAAACAGCUAUUUUGUCACCCCGGCGACAUCUCGACUGCUCCUUGCGACACCUUCAACUGGGCCCAGGUCGACAGUAGAGAACCUUCCAUCAUCUUACCCUCUUUACAGGCAUCUCCACGAUAAAGGCUUCUUCAUCACACCUGGUCUUCGAUUCGGGUGCCAAUACACUGUUUAUCCAGGCGACCCUCUCCGAUUCCAUUCCCAUUUUCUCGCUGUGGGCGCUCAGUGGGAUGAAGAGAUUGAUCUCAUGGAUAUUGUAGGCGGAGGAAGACUGGGGACUGGGGUGAAGAAAGGCUUCUUGUUAGGCGGAGCCAGUCCAACGGGGAAUGUAAGAACUUUUAGCGUCGAGUGGGCGGCGAUGUGA